AAAAAAGUUUUCAGCAAAAGCAUAAUUCGUACAGAGAAUUUAAGUAAUGAAAACACUACUAGACAUGAUAACGAUUAUAUAACUAACGAACACAAUAAUCAUAUAACCAACAAUGAUAUAGCUAAUAAACAUAAUUGCGAUUAUAUAACUGGCAAUAUGCCUGAAAGUAGCUCUAAUACAAAUCAACCUCCUAAACCAAACCUUAAAGAUCUUCAACUUGUAUCUAUUGAUAAGAUAGUCAGAUGUUUGUUUAAAAUUAAUAGAAUUAAUGGAUUUCAACAGUAUGGCCAUUUAAUGGGAUCAACUGAUACUUCGACAGGGAAUUUUAUUAGCCACUUGGUAUCACGACAUAGAAUUACAGAGGAAUCUCAUAAACAACAACUUGAGCAACAGCAAUCUAAACAAAUAAAUAUUGAUGCGAUGUUCGCUGUAAAUGAUCCUAAACGAAAAGCAAGGAGAGAUCAAAAGUUUAUUAGUAUGCUGGUCAAGGAUCAUUUGCCUAUUAAUAUACGAGAAGGACCUG